AUGAUAAGCAUUCUGGUAUCAUUUCCAGAAAAUCCUAUCGAUUUACAUAUUACGGCGUGUGCGCUAUCUCUGUUAAUCAUUCUGUGGCCGCCUCGGCAGAAAAUCUCUGUGGCCGCCUUUGUGCGCUAUUCGGCGUGUGCGCUAUCCUAUAUGAAUCUCUGUGGCCGCCUCGGCGUGUGCGCUAUCAAUCCGCCUCGGCGUGUGCGCUAUCUCUGUGGCCGCCUCGGCGUGUCUAUGUCCCGCCUCGGUGUGCGUUAUCUCUGUGGCCGCCUCGGCGUGUGCGCUAUCUCUGUAACCGCCUUAUCUCUGUGGCCGCCUCGGCGUGUGCGCUAUCUCUGUAGCCGUUAUGUGCGCUAUCUCUGUGGCCGCCUCGGCGUGUGCGCUAUCUCUGUGGCCGCCUCGGCGUGUGCGCUAUCUGUGGCCGCCUCGGCGUGUGCGUUAUCUCUGUGGCCGCCUCGGCGUGUGCGCCUCGGCCGCCUCGGCGUGUGCGCUAUCUCUGUAGCCGCCUCGGCGUGUGCGCUAUAUCUGCCGCCUCGGCGUGUGCGUUAUCUCUGUGGCCGCCUCGGCGCGUGUCGCGUUAUAUCUCUGUGGCCGCCUCGGCGUGUGCGCUAUUAUCUCUGUGGCGUGUGCCUCUCUGUGGCCGCCUCGGCGUGUGCGUUAUCUCUGUGGCCGCCUCGGCGUGUGCGUUACCUCUGUGGCCGCCUCGGCGUGUGCGCUAUCUCUGUGGCCGCCUCGGCGUGUGCGCUAUCUCUGUGGCCGCCUCGGCGUGUGCGCUAUCUCUGUGGCCGCCUCGGCGUGUGCGCUAUCUCUGGCCGCCUCGGCGUGUGCGCUUAUCUCUGUGGCCGCCUCGGCGUGUGCGUUAUCUCUCUGUGGCCUCGGCUCGCUAUCUCUGCGCCGCCUCGGCGUGUGCUAUCUCUGUGGCCGCCUCGGCGUUAUAUCUACCUGCCUGAAUCCAAAUGA